GGGGCUGAGGAGCUGCUGUGGGGGUCGCUGGGGGGGAACAGGGUGGUCGGUGUGGUUGUUGCGCACUUGACAGAGAGGUGCAGGACGGAGGAGCUGCUGCUGCAGCGGAAGGAGGAGAAGAGGAGAGGUGGAGGAGAAGACAGGAGAGGAGGAACAGGUUCCUCUAGACUCAGAGACUUUAGAUCCUGUAGAAGCACAGCCGUCUUUUCAAGUGCCAUGAAAGAAAUGAAAAUGAGUUGUCCUGGGAACUGAGGGAAAAAAAACAGCUGGAAAAAUCAGACCUACAAAUCGGACCAUUCUGAUACAAAUCUGUGCAUAUGAUCAGUUGCUGAUGGAGGGCUCUUACCCUAACAGCACUGGCCACUCUCUAGCAGACUGGGACCUUUGUCCCCCUUCCCUCAGUGGCACCACCUUCUUCAUCGUGGCCUACAGUGCCACACUUGCUGUAGGAUUACUGGGCAACACCUGCCUGGUCGCGGUCAUCCUGCGGCAGAAAGAGAUGCGCAAUGUGACCAACAUAUUCAUUGCCAAUCUUUCGUUUUCCGACAUCCUAAUAUGUAUCUUCUGCUUGCCCCCCACCAUUAUUUACACCCUCAUGGACCGGUGGAUCCUUGGAGAAGCCCUGUGCAAGGUCUCACCAUUCGUCCAGUGCUCGUGUGUCACGGUCUCCAUCUUCACUAUGGUCCUCAUCGCUCUGGAGAGGCACCAACUCAUUAUACACCCCACUGGGUGGAAGCCUGUGGUUGGGCACUCGUAUCUGGCCGUAGCUGUUACCUGGAUAGUGGCUUGCUUCAUUUCCCUUCCUUUUCUCCCCUUUCACGUACUUGAAAACUUGCGAAUCGACAGCCACAACUUCAGUCUUCCUGCCGGCGCAUCCAUCGAUCACAUAGUGUGUAAGGAGGAAUGGCCGUCACCAGGGAACCGGCUAGCCUACGUGACGUCCCUGUUGAUGUUCCAGUACUGCUUCCCACUGGUGCUCAUCACCUUCUGCUACCUGCGCAUCUUCCUCCGGCUCUGUCAACGGAAAGACAUCAUCGAGAGGACUCGAGAUGCACGCCAACGGAAGGCCAAGCACUCCAAGCGAAUCAACAUCAUGCUAGCCACCAUUGUAGCGGUGUUCGCCUUCUGCUGGCUGCCGCUGACAGUAUUCAACACUAUUUUUGACUGGAACCACGAAGCCUUGCCAGUGUGCCACGAUGCGGUCUUUUCCGUGUGCCACCUCAUGGCUAUGGCGUCCACGUGCGUCAAUCCCAUCAUCUACGGCUUCCUCAAUAACAACUUCCAGAAGGAGCUGAAGUCUCUGCUGUACCAGUGUCGCUGUUGGGGUGCACCAGAGAACUAUGAGAGCUUCCCUUUGUCCACGGUCAGCACAGACAUAACGAAGGGCUCUGUGCUAAGCAACGGCUCCGUCAGCAUCAGUGUCUUGCAACAGCAACACGAGAAAGAGAGUUUGGAAAUCAAUGCGUAGUAAACAUCAACUCAAACCAUUAGGUUAAGUUGCAGUUGCCCAUGUUGGUUUAUGCUGGCUUGUAAUUUAAAAAAAAGAUUCAAGAUGGCUUCAUAACCGUAAUGGCCUGGAUGCAGGGAUCAGGCAAAGUCAAAUGCUGUUUGAUUGUCUGGUUUGCAAGUUGAGAACUUGGACUGAAGCUUGUGCAGAAGCUUGUAGACACCAAAAGAAACUUGCAUAAACACAAUGUCUCUAGAACGUUUGAGAGCACCAUAUCGAAAAUGAAGAAUUUUGCUUUAAAAGGAGACAAAGAUAGUAGCAACUUUGUUGUACCAAGGCCUUAAGGUUGCACUGACUCUUUCCUUUCGCCGCAAUGUGUGAUCCCAUCCUAGACAUAGCGUUUGCUAAAAUGGAAGGUGAUUGGCACAUUCAUCACUUUCCUGAUCACUAGAUGCCUCUGAGGUUAGCAAUGUAAAUGUAGGUGUGUUAGAACCAGCAACUUAUACUGUAAAAAGCUGACCUCAAGGAUACGGCCCAUGUACAUAGUCAGAGAUUCCCAUAGUUGUUCUUAGAAUACUUUGCUAUUUUGUGAGACUUGUACAAUAUAUAUGAUCUGUGUGAG